AAAACCCUCGCUCACCCUCAUCCACUUCUCCUCUCCCCGAUCAAAACACUAGUGAUCGCCUCUCCUCUUUUACACCCCUUUUUUUUUGCAUUUCGAUCGAUCGAUCGAUCGAUCCCCAACAACGUCGCAGUGCGAUUCGCGAAGCUUCGAGCAAGGGUUUUGGUUUUCGAUUUUUUAGGGUUCUCUACGAGCAUCGAUCAUGCCUUCGGUGCUCGGAGAGUUCCUCCACCGCCGCCCGACCUUGAUCCCUUCGGCCACCUCCUUCCAUGGCGGAUCUUGCUCCCAUCGCCUUAAACAGCUCGAAAAAUGCGAUUUGCGUGGUAAUUUGAGUCAAUAACAACUUAGAUUCAUGGCGAUCUGGUUAUUUUAGGGUUUCCCUCUCACUCUCCUUCUCCUCCUUUCUCUCCUCCUUCGACGCGAUCUACUGGUAUCCUCUCGAUCGGCUUUUCGUGUUGUGUUCGAGUCUUAGUACUACUGAGUUUGCAUAGGGUUUCCUCUUUGGAUCUUUCGGUGAGGUUUCGGAGUUUGAAGUCAAGGCUUUGACUGCUUCCAGCAGUAGCAUCUGGAUGGGCGACGCCACUCCUGGUCCCAAAACAGAUCCAGAAUAUACUGACAGUGCAUCAUGCAUAUCUAACCUCUGCUCUGAGAAUCCGCUUGCAGAGGAUUUACGUAGUAGUUGCAAUGCAAAGAACACCGCUAAUACUGUUCCUCAAGUAGUUGCUACUUCUGCUUCUGUUAGUGAAACCGUCAAUGUAGCCACACCAGAUGAUGGCUUUGUUCAUAAUGGGCAAGUUCAGGCCCUUCAAAAACAGUCCUAUGAUGGUGCAACUUCUGAUCAGAACGAAACAGUUGAUAUAAAGGAAGCUGCAGUUUGCUUAGACUCUACUAGUUUGGCAUCCUUGGAUGCAACAAAGCAGAAAUGUUUGACGAAGUGUGCAACUUUUCCUUUCUCUAACGAGAUCCAGGAUGGUGCACUACAAGAUAGUGCGCCAACUGCAGGUCAAAGUGUUGCCUAUGAACGAUCAAUAUCUCUGCCUACUUCUUUGAAGCUUGUUUCGGCCAUGAAGGGGGGGCGCGCGAAAGAUGGGACAUCGCCAACUACGAAGUUUCAUGUCAAGUGGGCCCCAGAUGUAUACGACCCACCUAUGACUUCCAUGUCACAUACAGCAAAGAAGAGUUAUCAACAACGUUCGAAGCCUAAGAAAAAGAAUCACAAGCAGAAGAACAAGGCCAAGUCCUCUCGAGGAGGUGCUAAUGAGAGGAAACAUUUGAAUGGUAUUGGCGGAACGUCUCUUCCUCGGAAUACAAGGUUGCAAGCUGUUGGAGACAGUUUACUAUUGGAUGAACGUGGCAAAUCCACUGCAGAGGUGUUGGAGUAUGCAAAAGAAUCCGCAGCAGAGGUGUUGGAUUAUGCAAAAGAAUCCAAGUGCGGAAGCAGCUUCCUGAGGGAAGCCCUCGCAAAAAUGCAUUUCUCCACUGCCGAGGCCUCUUAAGCGGGCAUGCACUGGGACCAGUUGCCCACAACAAUGGUUGUAUAUAAAUAAAAUUGGAGACUCGAGUGUGGUGUGUCUAAUGUUUUGAUUACAUCAUCAUCGGAGAAACUUUGUUUGUUUGCUACGGUUAGAACCAUGAGAGGAAAUCGAACAGUAUAAGCGAUCUAGAGAAAGUCGGAUAUAAUGCUCUGAUAUAUAGAUAUGCUUUAUGUUGGAAACUGUUGCUUACUUUGUUUGAAUAUUUGCUGGUUGUCGUUUGAGCUUGAGAAUUUGCUAUUAA